GAAGAGGUCCUUUAAACCACGUGACCCAAACAACAUCGCGUUUACGAAUGUAUCGUGUGAUUAAAGUUUAGAGAAGAGGAAGAGGGCGAGGGUGAAAAUGGAGGAUUUCCCCGUCCUGGAGAUGGUGUGCUUGGGUUCAAGCGUGGCUCUCUCUGGUCUAUUUUAUUACAUCUACAGAAAGAAACGCAAAACUGUGGACAAGCUUAACGCUGCUCCAGUAAUGGCACUGGAUGAGAAGUUAGUCGACCUUUUGAAUGCCACACCAGGGAAAUGUCUGCAAUAUGUGGUCAUUGACGGUACAGUUCAGCCUGUAGGGGAACCACUGAGGAGUCAGUUUCAGGAAAGCAGCGUUGGUGUCAUCCAGAAACUGGUCCUCAGAGAACACAAACUUGUUUGGAAUAGUUUGGGCCGCAUCUGGACAGACAGUGAGCGUGUGCUGCUUCAGCGUGUCAAUGCUGUUCCCUUCAACCUCCUAGGUUUGAACAAGUCAUUUGUGCGAGUGCUCUGCCCACUGGAGGCCACGGGUCCCAAAAUGGAGAUAGUCCACGAAAAGUUCCACCAGGCCACUUACGGAUUCACAGACCUAAUAGGCCAGUACCUGAGCGGAGAGAAACCCAAAGGUCAACUGGAAACAGAGGAGAUGCUAAAAGUAGGUGCGUCUUUAACCGCAGUGGGAGAGCUCAUCCUAGACACGGAUCGACUCCUUAAAAUCCGCCCACCCACCGACGGCUCUGAGUAUUUCCUGAGCACUGCAGACUUCGAGACGCUGCUGAUGGAGCAGGAAGGCCAGGCGGAGGUAUGGAGGGUGUUUGCAUGUAUUUGUGCGUUAGCAGGCGUAGCAGUGCUGAUUUGGACAGGACGCAGGUAUUACAGGCAACUGAAGCUGCGCUGGGAGCAGGAGAACUUGAGGAGGGAGUUUGAAGGGAUGGGUAUGGGAGAAGGAGAGGAGGAGAAUGGUGUGGAAAACGCCUGCGUCAUUUGCCUGAGUAACCCGAGAGGGUGUGUUUUGCUGGACUGCGGACACGUGUGCUGCUGUUUCCGUUGCUAUCAGGCUUUACCGCAACCGUUCUGUCCCAUCUGUAGACAGCACAUCAAACGAGUCGUGCCUUUAUAUCAGGCCUAAAAAGACUGAUAAUUGAUUUAGUUUUUCGUCUGAGGCUGAUGUUUAAUAAAUGGACAGCCGUGUGGAGUUUACAUGAUUUACUUUAAGGAGCUCUAAUCUUAUACUGUAAACAGGACACUUGCAAUGGAAAUAUCUGUACUAACUAUGGAAAGAAAAUAAAACCACUUGUCUGUUUCUCUGGA